UUCGAUGUGAUGGGGAAUCUUGAAAAGUUUUUGGAUUUUGGGUGGAAGUAAACAAGGCCUAGUUAAAAAUCAUUCCGAUCUUGAUACCGGUAGGCUGCUGCCUGCUGGGCGUAGUAUAAGUAGGCUACUCGAUGGUAAUCUCCUGGCCAUUUGCCAAAAAAAAGUGUGGGGUUUGCAAGUAGGCGCCUGUCGUUUCGUGCGCGUGGCGAAGCAGUGCGAGCGUGACUGCGUGAGUGACAAGAUGAGCAUAUCUUUUUUUUUCUUUUUUUAUUGGAGGAGAUAGUAGACACGAUGAUGGUGAUACGAUGAAGACGAUUGGUAAAAAGCUAGUGUUAUUUAUCACACGAGAAUAUUUUUCUACUUUUUUGAAAUAGAAAAACGAAUAAUGGUACGACGAAAAGAAAGGGUGUACGCUAAAAAGCAAGUCGCCUAAACAUUUGUCACUGCAAAAGUUAAAAUUCCGCAGCCGUUCAAUUCGCAUCCAAUCGAUUGCACAAUCGAUUCUGUUUCAGGCUUCCUCUGCUCCGUCCUUUGUCUCAUCUCCGUUCUACCACUGUUUUACUUUGCUUCGUUCCCCUAGCUAGCCCCGAAACUUCCAAAAGUAGUGUCAUCCGCCAUUUAUGUUUAUGUUUGACCAUAUAAAAUGAAACUGAAAGCGGUUGGUCACUCCUGCGUUCCCAAUUUUAUGAGCAUGCUAUAAGAAGAGUUGUACAAUCAGAUCAAAUGUGUUGCCAAAUUGUACUUAGAAAUUACACCAGAGAGGUGUGUCGGAGAUGGAGGCUUUCCUGAAGAAGUUCUUCCCGGGCUUGCUCAAGAGCACGGCGCGCGGCGGCAACAAGGACGUGUACUGCAUCUACAACAACCAGGCGCUAACGGCCUUCACGUCGUCGCUGUACGCGUUCGGCAUGGUGGGGACGCUGCUGGCGAGCCGCGUCACCCGGCGCCUGGGGCGCCAGGCCGUGAUGCUGAUCGGCGGCAGCCUGUUCCUGGCUGGCGCCCUCGUGAACGCCGCCGCGGCGAACCUCGCCAUGCUCAUCGUCGGGCGGAUGCUGCUCGGCCUGGGCCUCGGGUUCUCCGGCCAGGCCACGCCCGUGUACCUCGCCGAGGUGUCGCCCCCGCGCUGGCGCGGGGGGUUCAUCUCGGCGUUCCCGCUCUUCAUCAGCAUCGGCUACCUGGUCGCCAACCUCAUCAACUACGGCACCUCGCGGAUCCCCGACUGGGGCUGGCGCCUGUCGCUGGGCCUGGCCGCCGUCCCCGCCGCCGUCAUGGUGGCGGGCGCUGCGUUCAUCCCGGACACACCCAGCAGCCUCGUCCUCCGCGGGAAGCACGACGACGCGCGCGCCGCGCUGCAGCGGGUGCGCGGCAAGGGCGUGGACAUCGGCGCCGAGUUCGCGGACAUCCUCGCCGCGGCGGAGAGCGACCGGCGGAACGAGGAGGGCGCGUUCCGCCGGAUCCUGCGCCGCGAGUACCGGCCGUACCUGGUGAUGGCCGUGGCGUUCCCGGUGUUCCUGAACCUCACGGGGGUCGCCGUCACCGCCUUCUUCUCGCCGAUCCUGUUCCGGACCGUCGGGUUCGAGAGCGACGCCGCGCUCAUGGGCGCCGUCAUCCUGGGCCUCAUGAACAUCGGCGGCAUCCUCGCGUCGGGCUUCGCCAUGGACCGCUACGGCCGGAAGCUGCUCUUCGUCAUCGGUGGCGCGCUCAUGUUCACUUGCCAGGUGGCCAUGGCGAGCAUCAUCGGAUCACAGCUGGGCAACGGGAGCAAGAUGCCCAAGGGGUACGCGGUGACGGUGCUGGUGGUGACGCUGGUCUUCUCGGCGAGCUUCAGCUGGUCGUGGGGCGCGCUGUACUGGACCAUCCCCGGCGAGAUAUACCCCGUGGAGGUGCGGUCGGCGGGGCAGGGCGCGGCGGUGGCGCUCAACCUGGGGCUCAACUUCCUGCAGGCGCAGUUCUUCCUGGCGAUGCUGUGCUGCUUCAAGUACGGCACCUUCCUCUUCUACGCGUCAUGGCUGGUGGUGAUGACCGCCUUCGCCGUGGCGUUCGUGCCGGAGACCAAGGGCGUGCCGCUCGAGUCCAUGGCGCACGUCUUCGCGCGCCACUGGUACUGGGGCAGGUUCGUCAAGGACCACCAGAAGUUUGGCGAAGAGUCCACCUAGUUAAGAUAAUCCAUUCGGAAUCAGCGAACGUACCCCCUUGGAUCUCGGCGGUGGUAUACUUCCAGUAGUAGAUUAUUGAUAAGGGAAAUACAUAUUGCGCGUGUGUCUGCCGUGAUGACUAAAGUGUUGGUUUAGAAGGUUGUUAAAAAAAAGUGUUGGUUUAGAAUGGCUUAAGGAACUCAUCCGUGUAGUAAAUUGCGAGACUGGAAAUAUAAAUGUUCGUAGUAGUAUAUUACACAGGAGAGCCUUCUA